AUGAAUCCUACAAAACAAUACAAAUCCAAGAGACAAGAAAAGCUUGCACGAAAACAGCUACAAUCGCGCCUUGACAAAUCCUCAUUUGCUACCAAGACAGCUUUUCGCGAUGCAGAACGAAAUUUCAAAUCGAAAUGUCCUCCGCCUGAUUUCACCAAUGUCAUUGAUUUUGAUAAUGCAGAAAAUUGUAGUGAAGAGAUUAGAAGAGAGAUUGUUGAAAUAGAGUUGAGUUGUGAUCUUGGAAAUGAAAACAAGUUAUUUUUUGAGAAAAGCCAGAAAGCCUAUUUAUUAAAGAGCAUUCCAGGAUUUAUCUUUAUUCGAAAUGCCUUUCCACCAAGUACCCAAAAACAAAUCAUCGAGUGUUGUCUACGCGACUUUGCCAAAUACCCUAACAUCGGUAACCUCGAUGUGCAUUAUAUACUACCCAAAGAUGGGCUAUGGUCACUCCACGAACGAAUAUUCAGAAAGGAACUAGACCCUGAUAACGAAGAAUGUCGAAUUCCCAUUAAAGCACAUGCUGAUGCUUCAGAUACUUUAUCCCAAUAUCCAGCCUCGAGUAAUAACAUGUCCUCUGAUAGCGAAAGCUCGUUGCACUUGCCAAUUUCUGAUAUCUCGACCACUGCAUCCUCUUCACCUCGAUCGACUCGUAAGCCCUCUCCUCCACCGUCCCCCAUUCUCCCACCAGACAAGCUAAUUCGCAAGUUACGUUGGAUGACUAUCGGCUAUCAGUAUAACUGGCCCACGAAAACCUACCAUUUCGACCAUCGAUUUCCGUUCCCCUCGAUUAUUGCCGGAUUGUCCAAUGCAGUGGUGAAGGCGAUCGAAGGAGUUGGGAUACCGGAUGGAGGAUUUGUGAACGAGUACAAAGCAAGCGACUGGAAAGCUGAGGCAGGAUUGGUGAACUAUUACCAAUUGAAAGAUAAUCUUAUGGCGCACGUAGAUAAAAGUGAAGUCAAUAUGGAUGCACCGUUGGUGUCUUUUAGUUUUGGUCAUACAUGUAUAUUUCUCAUCGGUGGCCCAACAAGGGAUUCUCCUCCAAAAGCCAUGUAUUUACAUAGUGGUGAUAUUUCUAUAAUGUGUGGUCCCUGUCGGUCAUCGUUUCAUGGUGUGCCGCGUAUACUUGAAGGCACCCUACCUUUUUAUCUUGAGAAAGAUGAAGAUGAUCCUAGUUGGGAUGUAUGA